AUGGCCAGCGGGGGACUGCAGCUCCUGGGCUUCGUGCUGGCCUUCCUGGGCUGGAUCGGCAUCAUCAUCAGCACCGCCAUGCCCCAAUGGAAGAUGGCAUCUUACGCGGGGGACAACAUCGUCACGGCCCAGGCGCUCUACGAGGGGCUGUGGAUGUCGUGCGCCAUGCAGAGCACGGGGCAGAUCCAGUGCAAGGUGUACGACUCGCUGCUCAAGCUGGAGGGCAGUCUGCAGGCCACUCGGGCUUUGAUGGUGGCUGCAAUACUCCUGGGCCUUGUUGCUGUAUUUGUUGCUGUGACUGGCAUGAAAUGCAUGAAGUGUAUGGAAGAUGACCAGGUGAAGAAGAUGCGGAUGGCUGUCUUUGGUGGGGUGAUCUUCAUCAUUGCAGGUUUGGCAGCGCUGGUGGCCACGUCAUGGUAUGGCAACAGAGUGGCUCGGGCCUUUUAUGACCCUUUCACCCCUGUCAAUACCAGAUUUGAGUUUGGAUCAGCUCUCUUCAUUGGCUGGGCAGCUGCUUCUCUGGCCAUGCUGGGGGGAGCAUUCCUCUGCUGCUCCUGUCCACGGAGAGAAACUUCGUAUCCACCCACCCGAGGCUAUCCAAAAAAUGCCCCCUCCACAGGGAAGGAUUAUGUAUAA